AACAUCCUUGAAACAACCUGUGGAUAACUUUGACAACACGCUGGUGUUUGAAGCAAGGUUUGAGAGUGGUAAUCUACAGAAGGUAGUCAAAGUUGCAGAUCAUGAAUACGAGUUGACUGUGCGCCCAGACCUCUUCACAAAUAAGCACACUCAGUGGUACUAUUUCCAGGUCACUAAUACCCAAGCAGAAAUAGUCUACAGAUUCACUAUUGUCAACUUUACCAAGCCUGCUAGUCUUUACAAUCGGGGUAUGAAGCCACUGUUCUAUUCUGAAAAAGAGGCCAAAACCCAUAACAUUGGCUGGCAGAGAAUAGGAGACCAAAUCAAGUAUUAUAAAAAUAACCUUGGGCAAGAUGGGCGCCAUUUUUUUUCUCUUACAUGGACAUUUCAGUUUCCACACAGCCAGGAUACUUGCUACUUUGCUCACUGCUAUCCAUACACUUACUCCAACCUUCAAGAAUACCUUUCUGGCAUCAACAGUGACCCAGUAAAAUCAAAGUUUUGUAAAAUACGUGUCUUGUGUCACACACUUGCUAGGAAUAUGGUGUAUGUCUUGACAAUAACUACUCCCUUGAAGACUAGUGACUCAAAGCGCAAGGCUGUGAUUUUGACUGCAAGGGUCCAUCCAGGAGAGACCAACAGCUCUUGGAUCAUGAAAGGCUUCCUGGAUUAUAUUUUAGGAGACUCAAGUGAUGCACGCUUGCUUCGGGACACUUUCAUCUUCAAGGUGGUACCCAUGCUGAAUCCAGAUGGCGUGAUUGUGGGAAAUUAUCGAUGUUCCUUAGCUGGACGGGAUUUAAACCGUAAUUACACAUCUCUCCUGAAGGAGUCUUUCCCUUCUGUUUGGUAUACAAGGAACAUGAUCAAUAGGUUAAUGGAGAAACGAGAGGUUAUUUUAUAUUGUGAUCUUCAUGGCCAUAGUAGGAAACAGAACAUUUUCAUGUAUGGUUGUGAUGGUAGCAGCAGAUCUAAAACAAAAGGAUUAUACUUACAGCAACGGAUCUUUCCACUCAUGCUGAGCAAAAAUUGCCCAAAUAUAUUUUCCUUCUCAGCUUGCAAGUUUAACGUUCAGAAAAGCAAAGAGGGGACAGGAAGGGUUGUAAUGUGGAAGAUGGGCAUCAGGAACAGCUUCACCCUGGAGGCCACCUUCUGCGGAUCUACUCUGGGCAAUAAACGAGGCACUCAUUUCAGCACGAAAGACUUAGAGUCGAUGGGAUAUCAUUUUUGUGAUUCUCUAUUGGACUAUUGUGAUCCUGACCGGAGCAAAUAUUAUCAGUGCUUGAAAGAAUUGGAAGAAAUGGAAAAACAUAUGAACUUCGAAAGAGUCUCUGACAAUACAGAUGCUUCUCUAGUAGAAAUCUCUUUGGAUGUAGAGUCUAGUAGUCGAGGCUCUGACAGCUCAGAGUCCAAUGACACUCAGACUUACCUUCUCAAGGUGACCUCUCAGGCAAGAAACAAGGAAAAGUAUCUGAAAACAAAGAGGGAAAGAAAUACCAUCCUAGCAAACUGCCAGAGUAACACACAAGAGGUUUAUGGCAAAGAACAUUUACUCCAAAGACAGGAAGAAUCAAAUUCUGAUGGGAAUGAUCCAAGGGCAGAUGCACCAGAUAUUUAUGUGGCUCACUGUUUCAGAAGACCGUUGCCUAGCCAAGGCUUGGUGAAAAUUCCUGGACAAAGGUUUUACCCCAGAAAAACAUGGUCCAGCUCCCAGCAUAUGAUUAAGAGUCUUAACAAAGACCAUAGGACAUAUAUUUUAGAAACUUGUAAGAAUCCAAUCCAGGAAGUUCAGUCCAGAGGAAUCAAUAUAUAUGAAAGUUGUUUCAAAGUGGCAUCCUUGAAAUGUCCUAUGAACAAAAGACCUUCAAAUUGGAUUGAGAAGACACGGAUACCAACAGAGUCACAUCACCAAUUGAAAAGCAAAGCAAAAAGAUGCUCGUCUUUCCAAAGCAAGAGGACUGGCACGAAUUGGACAGAUGAUGAGAAACGAAUUUACAGGGAUAAAAGAAUAGCUCGAACUCAGGAAAUAUUACAGUAUUUACUUCCUAUCGUGGAGUCCUCUCAAAACAGGAAAUCUACUCAAAUGAACAAUCUUAUCAAUCCAAUAGCCAACUUGCAACAACCUCAACUUAUUCCAACUGCUUGCAUAAAUAGAAGAAGAUACAGCAUACCUUGGACACCAACCAGAAAUCUCCCUUUUAAAACCCAAAGGAAUCUUACGACAGACACCUCCGAAUGGCUCCAGUCUGUGCCCCUUGAGUCAUUUGAAAGUUUGUCACCUCUCUGCAAUCUUCAGAAGAAGACAAAACAUUUUGAACUCAGGGACAAAAAGGCUGAAGAUGUGCAGCUUGCUACCAGUCAAUGGAAGGCUGUGCCCUGGAGUUCUAACAUGGAUGCAAGUAUCAUCGGGGGUAACAGUCUUCUGCCUAAAGAAUUCACCAUGAGGAGGUCUGAGCAGAGAAUUCCUUACCUAACCAAAACCAGCAAGAAACCCAGAGAGAGUGAUGGCCUGCUCACCUUCCAGCUGAACUUUCACAGGAACAGUUAA